AUUGUGGCUCACAACCACUGCUAGUUUUCGAAAUCACAUUCGUAUGACAUUACUCAUGAUGCAUGGCAAUCCUGUAGUUUCUUGACAAAUCCUGUUGUUCGAUGAGUGCUUUCCCCUCAAACCAGCUUCAAUCCAAUUAGAAAACCGGAAGCAGUAAUGUGAACAUACCCAACCCCCCUCAACUGUCCUGCAAAAACUGUGACAUUCCGUUUUUUUCCCUAGCAAGAACAUGGCGGCCAUUUUGGGCACACCAUAGUUCCCCCUUCCCUGUGGCCAUAAUCUUGGGGGGGAACCAUGACAUGAGAGAUCACAGCGCCCAAAAUGACCACUGUGCUCUCAGGAGAAACAAAUGGAAAGAUGGCAUCCCAGAAUAUAGUGUUCCAGUUUUUCCCUUUGACACGUUUUCCCUCAAAUGACGUGAGUUUCUCCCUCUGGUGAAAAUUUUUGUCCGUGCUGAGCAUUUGCUACCCAAAGAAGGGCGACUUUGUCACCAAUGAAAAACAGCACACACGUUCUCCACCAUCGUGAGAAAACCCCUUAAUCACGUUUUUUAUUUUAAUUUAUUCUUUGGCAGAUUUACAAAAAGAGAAACACACACCAAUAAAUAAAUUUAAGAAAGGGGUGGAAUUAGAUGCAGACGCACAAAGCAUCUUUUUUACUGUUCAAUUUUUUAAAAAUUAAUUUUCCAAAUUUAUAACCAAUACAACACAACACAAAAAACAAAACAUAUAAAAAGAAAAACAAACAAACAUAUAGAAUCUGUGAUCAUAAAGAGGAGAAAUAUCAAGAAGAUUGGAAGAAAUUUAAGGAAUAUCUAGCUAAAUAUUAUAAUACUUGCAAGUAUCAAAUUGGUUUAGGAUUAAAGUAUGUUGAAUUGUAUAAUACUAUGGAUUGAGAUUAUGAUGAAAAGAAAGGAAGUUAAUAAUUUGAACUAGUUAAUUAUAUUAGAAAGUGAAUAUUGGAAAAUUGCUAAAUGAGAUUUAAUGAAAAUCAGCAGGAAGGAUUCGAGGAAGUCACUUAAUAAUGGAAAUUAAUUUGGAUUUUUGAUCACAAAGCAUCUUUUUUUAACACACACACACACCAAGACUCCUUGUGCUCCGCUCCCCCUUUCUUCCCACCCAGGGCAGCCCUGCCCUCUGCCUGCCCCUCAGAGCCAGUGUAACAACACAGGGCUGGGCCUCAGGGGUGCCAGCCUCUCCUGCUCUGCUCUCCAGAAGCUGGUAUGCCCCACGGAGGACCUUAAGGUCCACAAAUAACAACACUUUGGAGGUCCUGAGCCGCAGAGUGGUUAGAUUGGUCUCAACUAGGGCCAGGGCCUUUUCAUCACUGGCCCCGACGUGGUGGAAUGCUCUGUCACAAGAGACCAGGGCCCUGCGGGACUUGACAUCUUUCCGCAGGGCCUGCAAGACAGAGCCUUUGGUUUGGACUCGGUCUGACCCUUAUGUUUCCCUCCCCUUAUGGUCUUGAUUUAUCAGCUAUUUUAAAAUGAGGCUGCAUUUUAAAUUGCAUUUUAACCUUUAUUUUAAAUUGGUUCCCCCCUCUCUUUUUCCCCUAUUAUGUUUUUAAUUUUAUUGGUGUUAGCCGCCCUGAGCCCGGCUCUGGCCAGGGAGGGCGAGGUAUAAAUAAAAUUAACUAUUAUUAUUAUGAGUUGCCCAAGGGAGGAGGCUGGCAGUGGCAGCCAUGGAGAGGCAAUGGGAUGCUCCCUCACAGCCGCCAUCGUCAUCACUUUGGACAAACGCCGGCUCUUCCUGCUCCCAGAACUCAGCGCUGGCAGGGGAAAUAGGGACCUUCUGGGAUCAAAUCAGAAGCCAGGGGCGGCUUUUGUAAUUCCGGGACUGGAAAAUCAGGACCCCUGGAGGUCCUGUGUAUCAGGCGAAGACAUCCCUGCCUCCCGUGACCUCACUGCAUUUUAAGCUGCUAAUAUGGAGCGCUGGUUCCAUGCGGAUUAGGCCAGGGGCAGCCAGUAGCUAACAGCCCCUGUGGGAGGCAGUAUGUCUCUAGGUACCAGUUUCUGCGAAUCCCAAGAUGGGGAUAGCACUGUUGCACUCCGAGAGGGGCCUCCAAAGGCAUCUAUCUGACCACUGUGAGAACGGGACGUUGGACCAGAUCGGCGUUUCUCAAACUUGGGUCGCCAGUGGUUUUUGGACUACAACUCCCAUCAUCCCUAGCUAGCAGGGCCAGUGGUCAGGGAUGAUGGGGACUGUAGCCCGAAAAACAGGUGGAGACCCAGGUUUUGGAAACACUGGGCUAGAUGGACCUUUGAUCUGAUCCAGAAGGGCGCUGCUUCAUGUCCUAAACUCUCGGGCCUCCAAAGUUGGUAAUGGAUGGGAUAACUUUAUCAAUGGGCAGUGUCCCAACUCUUGUUCAGCUGAGCCCCACAGUCUGCUGGCUCCUAAUGGCGAAUAUUUGCUGGAAACUCUCGUCCAUCAAUGUUGCAGCUCAGACCUGUUUGCUUGCACUUUGGACAUGUCAGGGGAUGUGCCAUUUGGCCAGGAGGAUUGUGGGAGAAGGUGGGGCUGUGGGUGCAAGAGCGCCGUCUCAUAUAAAUGCGCGGUGGCUAAUUCUGGGACAGGGAAGGGUAACACGGACGACGACGGCUGCAGAGAGUGAGUGUGCUUGUCUGCUCAGGGGCUUAACUCUGCGGCCACCUCCCUUGUACCUUUGGAAAGACCAGCAGGAGCCAGGUUUGACAAGGGAAAAUGGGGGAGAGAAGUUGUCUGCGUGCUUCACUCCUGUACCCAUGCAACAGAUGAGGAAGUUGAGGCCACGCCAGGACCCAACGGGGAGAUCCGUCACAUUAAGAUGUGCUCCUUGGAGACCCAGGGACCAAUGCCGGGGGAGGGGGAGUGUUGCAGAAUUUAGGAACUGGUGUUAUAAUUCCCCCACCUUUUUAAAAAAAUGUCUGUUGUCCUCGGAUGCCUUGCCCACAGUCCAUUUAUAUUUUUGCUUAUUUGAGAACAAGGUAGGAAAUCAAACAGGCUUUUUGGAAUUCUUGUUCUAAGGAGGUCAAGAGCAGACCGUUUUUCCAUAAUGGGCUCUGUUUACCUGUAUAUCUUCUUUGCUUAGUUUUAGGUCUCCCUAAAAGCAAAAAGGAAGGAACGCAGCAAUUUAAACUGAGAGGUAAGUCUCCAUUUCUACUAGCCGCCGUAUUUCAUAGAAUUGUAGAGCUGGAAGGGACUCCCCCCCCCCCCCGAGGGCCAUCUAGUCCAACCCCCUGCAAUGCAGGAAUCUCACCUAGAUCUUGUGGGAGUCUGUUCCACCGGACAUGCUCUUGUGGCUUUAACGUGUUUCCACGCCGAAACAUAGCAAGUUUCCCACUAAAUAUCUAAUGCCGGGGAGAGCUUCACCUGCUUAAUCCCUGCAUCUCGGACAGGGAUUAGAGAUACGAAAGGCAGAGGCUAUUGAAAAGUUUGCAGCUGUUCCUGCAAGGCUGGAGGAUCUGUGGUCCAUCAGAUGCUUUGUUGGACUCCAACUCCCAUCAGCCCCAGCCAGCAUGGCCAGCGGUCAGGUAUGAUGGGAGUUGUAGUCCAGUCACAUGUUCCCCUCCUCAGCUUUACUGAACGGCAGCCUUCAGCAUUAUACUUCGAAAUGUGUACUGUGAAUUUAUGGUAGCUUCAUUAAGCACAUAAGAAGAUUAAUUGGAUCAGGUCGAAAUGUUCUAGUCCAGCAUCCUAUUCUUAUAGGAGCUAUCAAAUUGUUGUUUUCAUUUCUAUACCAGUUUAUAUAUAAAGGUAAAGGUAAAGGGACCCCUGACCAUUAGGUCCAGUCAUGACCAACUCUGGGGUUGCGGCGCUCAUCUCGCUUCACUGGCCGAAGGAGCCGGCGUACAGCUUCCUGGUCAUGUGGCCAGCAUAACUAAAGCCACUUCUGGCGAACCAGAGCAGCACACGGAAACGCCGUUUACCUUCCCGCCGGAGCGGUACCUAUUUAUCUACUUGCACUUUGACGUGCUUUCGAACUGCUAGGUUGGCAGGAGCUGGGACCAAACAAUGGGAGCUCACCCUGUCGCGGGGAUUCGAACCGCCGACCUUCUGAUCGGCAAGCCCUAGGCUCUGUGGUUUAACCCACAGCGCCGCCCGCGCCCCGUAGUUUAUAUAUAUAUAUUUUUAAAAUCUCAAAGCAGUUUACAACCUCCGUUGGAAUGUCAAAUAAAACAAUCCAGAAUAGUACGAAAAACAGGUAGAAAUGGAUUCUUUUUUAAAAAAAUAAUAGAGAAAAUUAAAGGAAGCAGUUGAAAAGAAAAAGAUUGACAAAGGUAACCACAGAAGGGCAGAGGGAAGUCGAAGCAUUGAGGGACUCCUAAAUGAGGGUGUUGAUGAUUAACGUUUGAAUUUAAAUUUGUAAUGUAAAAUUCAAUAAAAAUAUAAUUUUUUAAAAAAAACAAUCCAGAAUAAAGCAUUGCAAAAGAAAAUCAAAUAUAAAGUAUACAUUCAAGACGAUGCAAAUUAACAAGUAAGCUAAAAUGCCAUCUGAAAGAUUUCAAAAUAAGACAUUGCAAAGGAGGUCACUGCAGAAUGCACAUUACCCUGCAAGCAGGACCAGAAUGCAACAGCAGCUGUCCCCACUUGUCAAUCAAUCAAUCCUGCCUCCAACAGGGUAGAAAAAAGCCAGCUGUGGCUAGUGGUAGCCAUUGAUAGCCUUUGACCUGGCAAUGAUUUCCAGAUGUCUCCCAACCGUGUUGUUCUAUUGCCAGAGUUGUUUGCCUUGCAUCAACGAAAGCAAAAUGUGUUUUUUGUGUGUGAUGAAUCUGCUCAUUUGGCUGAAUUCAACUUAAAAAUAAAAACCCCGAACACUGCAACCCUCCCUCCUAGCACAGAGGGUGAGAAAGGACUGCGUUUUAUCUGGCAACAAUUUAUUUGUGAGAUUCAAAAUGUUUCAGCAAACACAUAUCAUGGCCGUUGGGUCAGCAACUCCAGGGACUCCGCAGUAAGUGGAUAGGGAUGAAUAAGAUAUCGACUGCCAUCUCGUGCCCUCUGCCUUUCAUCCAAGACCACCACCCCUUUAUCAUCACAAUGACCCUGUGAGGUGGGCUACACUGAGAAACAGUGAUUGGCCCCAGGUCAUUCUGCGAACUUCACAGCAGAGUAUUUGAAAUGUAUCUCCACAGUCUAGGUCCAGCUCUGGCUCUUUAAAAACAAAAAGUAUAAUAAAGAUAAUAGAAUCAUAGAAUUGUAGAGUUGGAAGGGACCACGAGGGUCAUCUAGUCCAACCCCCGCGAUGUAGGAUUCUUUUGCCCAACAUGGGGCUCGAACCCAUGACCCUGACCCAGAGAUCAAGAGUCUCGCGCUUAACCGACUGAGCUGCAUGGGGGGGGGGGGAUUUGUUUUGGCUGGGAAACAGCAGGACCCGCUAUAUCCCACGAGGGGCUCAGCUUUGCCUGUUUCCUAACCUGGUUUACCUAAGCAAAUGUUUGUGUUUCGACAUCCUAGGCGGCGGUUGUGAAAAUGGAUCUGAAACUUGUGGCCGUGUCGAUCCUGUUAGUGCUUUUCUGCUCAGGCAAGUUUCCUCCGAUUGCUGAUUUGAGAAGGCGUGUCUGUAUAUGGAUAUCUGUAUGCGCCGUACAUUGAAAGCGAGUGCACCCAAAUCGCUGGGAUUUGUAGUUUGUUAAGGCUGCUGGGAACUGUAGCUCUGUGAGGGGUGAAUCAUAAGAACAUAAAAAGUGACCAGUGGCCCAUCCUAGCCCAGCAACCUGUUCUCACAGCGGCCAUUGAGAUGCCAAACACACAACCAAGACCUGAACACAAGAGCAUUUCUCCUCCUGUGGCUCCCAGCAGAGGCACGGCCAUUUUGGCCAGUAGCCACUGAUAGCCUCUCUCCUCCAUGAAUUGGUCCAAUCCUCAUUUAAAGCCUCCAGGUGGGCAGCCACCACUGCUUCCUGUGGCAGAGAGUUCCACAGUUUAAAGAUGUGCUGUUCCCAGGAUGCUUUCGGGGGGUGGCGGCAAAAAAGCGUGCAUUAAAUGUUUGUGGUGUGUACAGCAGUUGACGGCUGUGCAGUCUCCGAUAAAGUGGAAAUCACGAGUGGUUUUAUGUUCUGAUGUGCAGUGUAAAAGGCAGGUAGGAUCAGGCGAAAGGGCCCUUGAACAGGGCACAUCCCAAAUGGUUGCAAUGAAUCCAAAAGUUCCCUGCGCUUUUUACCGUUUGUGUGCAUCUAAACCCCACUAAGCUGAUAAAAUGCAAGUCAGGAUGCAGAAGACGGAGAUUUAUGUGAGAGGUGGAAUGUCACUGCUUCAGCCUUUUGGUUCUCUUUGCAAGAUAAGUUGCACUUCCAAAUUUUUUGCACAGUUAAGGUAGGGUUGCCAUAUUUCAAAAAGUAAAAACCAGGACACCCCAAAAGUUUUUGAGCUUUUUUGAGCUUCUGUUCAUGAAUGCCCCUAAAAAAGCGAUUUUUCGAUUCACUUGUCUAAGAUCCUGGAAAAUCCGGACAUAUGGCAACUCUAAUUAAAGGUACAGGAACCCCAUCCUUAAUUGCAGGAGGUCACCUGUUGAAUUGCUGCCUGGGGGGAGGAGUUGGUGGCAACAGUACUAUCAUAUAUUCUGAUGUGGCAGCUUUAAUCAGAAUCUGUCCAUGAGAACUUUUUGUUCUGAAAACAUUAACAUUUUUCAGAGUGAGACGCGUCUUUUGGCAUUCAUGGCAUGCUGAACUGAGACACGUGGAAGUGAAAACGUGUGCUUUAACCUUUUGGUAAGGCUAUAAUUUGCCACUAGUCCUCAUGGAAGGACUAUACAGUGGUACCGCGGGUUGCAUACACUUCAGGUUACAUACGCUUCAGGUUACAGACUCCGCUAACCCAGAAAUAGUACCUCAGGUUAAGAACUUUGCUUCAGGAUGAGAACAGAAAUCGCACAGCAGCGGCGCAGCAGCAGCAGGAGGCCCCAUUAGCUAAAGUGGUGCUUCAGGUUAAGAACAGUUUCAAGUUAAGAACGGACCUCCGGAACGAAUUAAGUACUUAACCCGAGGUACCACUGUAUAUUGCUGACGAUCUAAAUGUAAAAAGCUUGCACCUCAUUUACACUCCUACUUCUUGUAAGCAGAACCAACGCUACCAUUAGGCAGACUGAGGCAACUGUCUCAGGCUGCAGAUGCUAUGGUGAUGAGGGGGACGGACAAUGAUGGCAGUUCUUUGGCUGUUCCUCCAGAGCCCCAUGCCAUUCCUCCCUGUUGAGGGAUAAGGGCCCGUCCAUAAACGUAAAGGUAUUAGGUCCAGUCGGGACCGACUCUGGGGUUGCGGUGCUCAUCUCGCUUGAUUGGCCGAGGGAGCCGGCGUACAGCUUCCGGGUCAUGUGGCCAGCAUGACUAAGCCGCUUCUGGCGAUCCAGAGCAUCACACAGAAAUGCCGUUUACCUUCCCGCCGGAGCAGUGCCUAUUUAUCUACUUGCUUUCGAACUGCUAGGUUGGCAGGAGCAGGGAUUGAGCAAUGGGAGCUCACCCCGUCACGGGGAUUCGAACCGCCGACCUUCUGAUCAGCAAGUCCUAGGCUCUGUGGUUUAACCCACAGCGCCACCUGCGUCCCUAGGGGCCCGUCCAUACUUUGACUUAAUGUGGAUUACAAAUUCCUUGCAUCUCCUUGAAUUCCUUCCCCCUUCUCAGGGCCGUCUUAAGCAUAUCCAGUGCCGUGGUUCAAAGCUCCCUCCAGCGCCGCCACCCCCUAUUUCCCAGCGUUUUUUUAGGUAGGAUGGUGCUGCCAGUGGGGCUGGAGGAGGCGGGCAGCAGCUGGAGGGCGGCUCCUCCACCGGGGAAGAGGCGGAGACUGAACGCGGCGCCUCCUGGCUCAGCUGGCCACUUCGUGCUGUGGUGGCCACGGCAGACGGAGGCUCCGGGCGCAGUGCUGCUUCGGCGCGGCAUGGCGAAGGCGGGCGAGGGCGGCGAGCUGAUGCCACAUCCAGCCUUCGCCUCUUCCCUGGCGCCCUCCAGAACUUGGCGCCCUAGCGCCCUGCACUACUAGCUUCUAUGGGUAAGACGGCCCUGCCCCUUCUCCACGUCACACUUCUCCUCCUUAAAUCUGGAGAUUCCUUUGGCUUUGAAAAUCCAGGGAACUACACUGAUUGCAUAGGGAAUCUCCAGAUUUACGGAAGAGAGGGCAGCAGCAGUUGGAGGCGAACGCCACAGUGGAAUAACCACUCUCCCAUCAAAACUGGAAAACGCCAUUUGUGUGGCCGCACGCGGUGCCCCGAUCCCUGAGACAACGGCAGAAGUUCCUGGUCUGCCUCCCCAUGUCACAGCCCUUUGGGGUUCCCGCCAAGCCUCAGUUCGAACGAACCUAUCUGUGGCAGGGGGAGGCGGAGCUAUUUGCGUAGUUGAAAGGGGCGGAGCCUACCUGAAAGCGCACAGUCAGCUCCAGAGCUCCCCCCCCCUGCUGUUAAGGGACUGGGAAGGAAUUUCUCUGCAUUGGCAGGUUUCGCCUUCCCCGUAGCAGAUGUCACAACUAAAUGGGGGGGGGCAGUGCUGGAUUUACGUAUAAGCUAAACAAGCUAUUGCUUAGGGUCCCACUCUCUUUUGGGGACCCCCAAAAAAAUUAAAGGGAAAAAACAACUGGGUGUACAUUUCCAAAAUGUAAGAUAAAAAACAAUUAAAAUAAAACCUACAUACAGCAACACUGUAUAUAGGGUGCCUACAUUCUGCAUGGAGUGGUUGCAUGGCAACAUGUGCAAAUGGCUUGAGAUACCUAUUAGGUCCAUAAAUUACCAUAUAGCAUAUAUUCAACACAAAAAACAGCGGCAAUUUGUUGUUGACAAAGGACAGCUGGACAUAUAAAGGGCCCCAUUACCUUCAGUAGCUUAGGGCCUCAUCAAACCUAAAUACGGCCCUGGAGGCGGGGGCGUGAAGUGAUGAUGCAUACCCUACCCCCCACGGCAGCAAUCCCAGGGUUCCCCGUUAAAGGGGCUGAGUCGGAGGGGAGUCACUGGCCAUACGCUGAAAGGUUGUCAGUGGACUCCCCAUCAUUGGUGUGAAAUGGUGUCUUCCAGAGCCAAUCCAGACAGACCUGAUUACCCUGAUGUGCCUCAGAUCAGGGAGCCAGCAUGGUGCAGUGGUUAAGAGCGGUGGACUCGUAAUCUGGUGAACCGGGUUCGCGUCUCCGCUCCUCCACAUGCAGCUGCUGGGUGACCUUAGGCCAGUCACACUUCUUUGAAGUCUCUCAGCCCCACUCACCUCACAGAGUGUUUGUUGUAGGGGAGGAAGGGAAAAGGAGAUUGUUAGCCACUUUGAGACUCCUUAAGGGGAAUGAAAGGUGGGAUAUCAAGUCCAAACUCUUCUUCUUCUUCUUCUUCUUCAGAUCCCCAGCUGGGGACUGGGAGAGAUACGCGCCCAAUGCCUAAGCCAAGGUCUUCCUACAUCUGAAAGUUUAAUUAAAGUUUUGGCCAAUUUAAUCUCAUAACAUGUUGUCACGAGUCAUUCAUUUCUUCCGGGUGGCCCUUGGGGUCGGGGUGUGUGUGUGUGUCUCUGCCUGGGCACACAAUUAAAAGAGACACGACGAGUUCACAAUCCACAUUAAGCCGAGGUAUUUCUGACAGGGGACCCCCUAAAUUAGCGUAUUGCCCUCAGGUGUGCGGGGAGAUGUUAUCCGCAUGCCGGCUUUAAAGUAAGAUUUCACAGCCAGCCUAGUCACCCUCUGUAUACAGAAUGGUGGGGGCGCCAUCUUGUCUUCCGCCUCAGGCGGCAAAAUGCCAUGGACUGGCCCUGGUCAUAAGGAAAGGCCUAAACCGAACAAACUGUGGUUUCAUUUCCUUUAAUGAAUUUACAUCUCUCUUUGAACAGGAAGCUCCCAGGAGCUUACAAUAACUUCAAAACAAAAGUCACCAUUUCAAUCACCCGAGAAACGCAAACAAUAAAUAAAGCAAUUCAUCCCCCAAAUCUUAACAGUUUACCUUUUUUUCUUUUCUGUUCACCUUUUUUUGCAGAAGUCUCCAGCUAUCGCUUGGAGAAACGAGAAGCCGAGGAUCCGGAACUGUUCGCUCAAGUUAAGGAGAAAGUCACAGGGGCCUGGGAACAAGUUUCCAGCACAGCCCAGUGCUGGCUAAAGAAAAUCCAAAAUCUGGAAGUCACAAAGCCAAUAAUGUGAGAAUAAGGCAGGGGACAACCAGAGAGAAGGUGGACGGAGGGAGGUUUUCCAAUAAUUUCGGGUUGUAGCCAGUGUUACUCAUACUCAGAAAUUGAAAUUGAUGGACAUGACUAACUCAGAUCUAUUAAUUUCACUGGGUCCACUCCGAGUUCAAAAUCUGUAUUUGCAGAACUAUGAUAGCACUUUAAACUGUCAUGGCUUCCCCCAGAGAAUCCUGGGAACUCUCAUUUGUUAAGGGUGCUUAGAGUGUUAGGAGGCCCGCUAUUCCCCUUCCAGAGCUACAAUUCACAGAGUGGUUUCACAAGCCAAUCCCUCUUCCUAGGGAACUCUGUAAAUUAUGGAUCUGUUGGGGGAAUGGGGGCGGGGUCUCUUAUCAACACCCAGCACCUUUAACAAACUACAUCUCCCAGAAUUCUUUGGAAAAGGGGAUCCCAUGAGUGUUUCAAGCGGCGCCACUAUGCUUUAAAUAUAUAUGGUGUGGAUGUGGCCACUGACUAUACAUCUUCAACCCUUCUUUCCUUUAUCCUUUCCAGAAACAUGUACGAAAACAGCGUGUCAAGGAUUAAGACCUACACGGACAUACUCUCCGACCAAGUUUACCACCUGCUGCAAAGUGAGAGUUAAUGUCGCCCACCUUUCUCCCUUCUGCAGAGACUAGUCGCUGAGGCUCAGGGAAGCCUUCUUUUUUUCAUACAUUUUGCUUGUAAAGAUGCUCCCAUGCUUAGGAAAUGAAUAAAGCUUCUUUCCUGCUGAAGUGCUGA